AUGGACUCUAUGUGGGAGCUUCUGACCAGCAACUGGCGGCCUACGGCGAGCAGCAUGGUCAGUCGCGAAACCAUCCACAGCUUGGAGACACCCAGCGCCAAUGACACCUUUGCAGUGACUCAAGACAUGACUGGAUUUGACCCCCAGGAACUGGUGGUCAAGCUGGUAGGGGAGAAAGUGGUCCUGACGGGAAGGAAGGCCAGCGAGAUGCCCAAUGGGCCGUUCCGCUACGAGGUCUUCCGGAGGGCGUGGGACGUGCCUCAGAGCGUGGACCGAGAUCGGCUCAGUUGCUCCAUCUCCAGCGACGGGCAGCUCCGCAUCGAAGGUCCUGUGACGGAAUCGGCCAUGAGGACGGUGCCCAUCGCGGUCAACCGAGUGAGAAACGAACCUCAACCAGCAGCUGAUGAAGAAUCCACACACACAAAAGACAGCCGGGCUCAAGGAUGA